AGUUAAUCACUUCUCAUUCAAGCUCUUUCACUCACUGAAAUUGCGAAAUUUAUACAAAAUGGUUUAGAGUGACGAAGAUGUUCCAUAUGAAGAGGAUAUAUUGAGAAAUCCUACUUCUUUACGCAGUUGGCAGCGAUAUAUCGACCACAAAAGAAAAAGCAAUGCUCCAUGGAGGCAGACUUGUCAGAUCUAUGAACGUGCUCUGAAGGUUUUUGACCGAAGUUAUAAACUUUGGUACAACUAUUUGCGUUUUCGUCAGCGUGUCAUAGCUCACAAACCACCAACGGACAUAUCAUGGGCUCAUCUUUGCGAUGCUUAUGAAAGAUGUCUCAUACACAUGCACAAGAUGCCCCGAAUCUGGAUGGACUACUGUACCAUAAUGACAAAACGACGAAUUAUUACUGAUACUCGUCGUGUGUUUGACAGAGCUCUUCGAGCGCUUCCUGUCACGCAACAUCUACGAAUCUGGCCCCUGUAUAUCAAGUUUGUCACCAGCCAUGACAUUCCAGAGACAGCGAUUAGAGUGUACAGAAGAUAUUUGAAAUUGUAUCCAAGGGCUCGCGAAGAUUUUGUAGAGUAUCUGCAGAAGAUUGACCAGCUAGAUGAAGCGGCCAAGCAAUUGGUGGCGCUGGUAAAUGAAGACAUGCCAGUCUCGGAUAAAGGAAAAACUGUACAUCAGCUAUGGGCUGAGCUCUGCGAGCUUAUUUCCAAAAAUCCCAAGAAGGUCUACUCACUAGAUGUCAACGUUAUAAUGAGGCAGGGUAUACAGAAAUACUCAGAUCAGGUUGGUGUGUUAUGGUGUGCAUUUGCUGAAUAUUACAUAAGAGCUGGACAGUUCGAAAGGGCUCGCGAUAUAUACGAAGAAGCUAUGAUCUCUGUCAAAACUGUCCGUGACUUCACCCAGAUUUUCGAUGCUUUUGCGGCUUUCGAGGAAAGAAAUACGGCGGCACGGAUGGAUAACUUGGCAGAACCUCCUGAUGAAGAAGACGAACUGGAGCUAGAAUGGUUGUUUGCUAGGUUCGAGCACCUUAUGGCUAGACGUCCACUUCUACUGAACAGUGUGCUUCUGCGGCAAAACCCACACAAUGUGCAUGAAUGGCUUAAUCGAGUUGCUUUGUAUGAGGGACAGCCUGAGAAGGCAAGAAGCAUCUUCGAGAAGGCCACACAAAUAGCUUAUGCGAAAGUGGACGAGCUUGCCAUGGUUUGGUGUGAAUAUGCUGAGUUAGAGCUUAGGCAC